AUGGAGUUUCUUCGGUGCGGCAUUCAUGGAUUUCACGAGGUUCUCGGCAUCGACGCCGAUGAAAUACGCUUCUACUGGGUCCUGGGAAACGGCCACGCCGAUGCGGUCCAAAUUGCACACCGAGUGAUUCUCUCCACGGACUCAAAAUCGCUUGAAUCCGAUAUCUCUGAGCCAUCCUCCCUCGAAUGGGACUCCGGUCGCAUUGAAAACAAUGAGCAGAGAAACAUCCUCUGCAAGCCUUCUGAUGGCUUCAAGUCCACAUGCAGUUACUUUUGGAAAGUGACAGUAUGGGACCAGAACGACUAUCCCUAUUCCAGCUCAGUCCAGCACUUCUUCACGGGAUAUCCCCGUUCCCGACUUUUGCCUCCCUAUAGCAUGAACCAAACAUACAUGCCACAUUCUAGUCUCAUAUUCCGCACUUGGUUUGAGGAUGAGGCGAAUCGGUGGAAAGCCGUUUGGAUCGGCGAUGGAGGGGACAAGCCUAUCUAUCUUCGAAAGUCUUUCAAGCUCGCAAGACCACCGACUCGAGCCAUCCUGUUCGCCUCUGGCUUGGGUCACUUCAAUAUGAGUGUCAAUGGCGACCCCGCUUCAAACCAUCGACUAGACCAGGGUUGGACAAACUACCACAGACGAGUCCAGUUCACCUCUUACAAUGUGACUGACAAACUUGAUGCCGGAGAGAAUGUCCUGGGCGCCCAUGUAGGCAAUGGAUUCUACGCCGGUGACAAGGGAGGAGACGAUCGCUUUUUCUGGCCGAUGUACGAAGAUAACACGUACGUCCGGUACGGAAAUGAACUCUGCUUCUUCUGUGAGCUGCAUCUCUUCUAUGAAGAUGGAAUACAUGAGACCAUGAUCUCAGACCCCACAUGGUCAGUUCGGAAGAGCGCAACAACACUGGCGAAUAUUUAUGCAUCGGAGAAUCACGACCGUCGUCUAUACCCUGCAAACUGGGACACACCUGGUUUUGAUGCCAGUAGCUGGACACCUGCAAAGCCGUUAACAGGGCCUCGGGGCCAUAUAUUCUACCAAACUCAGCCGCCAGUUGUGCUUCAUGAAACAUUCGAGCCUGUCAAUACAUACAGCCCUAGACCUGGAGUCGUGUGUUUUGAUCUUAGUCAGAACGCAUCGACAAUGGUGAAAAUAGUCGCCGAAGGACCCGCUGGUUCCGAGAUUGUUGUCCGAUACUCCGAGACUGUAAGGGAAGACGGAACCGUUCUCAUGCCGGACCCAUUAUUCAAAGAAUUCGAGACUGGGGUCUUUUCCAAAAUCUACCUUGCCGGUACUAACCAGCCAGAGACCUGGGAACCCGAUUUCUGCUUCACCAGCGCGCGCUGGAUCCAAGUGGAAGGUGUCUCGCUCAAUGCAGGCGAAGGUCUCCCAGUCAUCCACUCCGCCGUGGGUCGCCACAUUUCUUCCGCAGCCAGGAGACUCGGCACCAUGAAGACAGACAGAGAAGACGUCAACUCUCUUCUGAACGCCCUCUACUGGACCUUCAACAGCAACCUUUUUAGCUACCACACAGACUGUCCGCAAAUCGAAAAGUUCGGCUGGUUAGAAGUCACCCACCUCCUGGCACCAGCAACUCAAUAUAUUCGAGACAUGGAGUCACUAUACACCAAGAUUCUGGACGACAUUCUUGAUGCUCAGGAGCCGAGUGGUCUUGUUCCUACUAUGGCCCCCGAAAUUCGGUAUAUGUGUGGCCCGCUUCAUGACACGAUUACCUGGGGUUGUGCGUUGUGUCUGUUACCCGACAUUCUUCUUCGCUAUUACGGAUCCACGCAUGUCAUUGCAAAGAUUUUCCCUGCCGCAGUGCGGUAUAUGGAGUACAUGCAUGGCAAAGAACGGAAGGGCGGGCUAAUUGAGCAUGGCCUUGGAGAUUGGGGCCGUGACAUCGCCUUCGGAAAUCACCAAGCCAAUAUCGAGACCGCAAUUUACUACAAGUGUCUUCAAUGCGUGGCAAUGAUGGCUCGUGAGCUUGGGAAAAUGGAAGAAGCGAAUCGAUUCAAGAAGUGGGCCGCGCGGAUUUACGAUGUAUACAAUCGCCAUCUCCUCGUGAAGGAUGAUAGUUCGCGUCCGUACGUGUACUACACAUCAUUGGAUAACUUCCCUUCCCGUGAUCGCACCGCUAUUGCCCAGGCAAUGGCCUUGCAAUUUGGUUUGGUUCCUGCUGAGCACAAGAAGGACGUAAUGGCUGCAUUCAUUGAUGAUGUGUCAGACGGGAAGAUCCGGGCAGGAGAGAUCGGAUUGCGGUUCCUAUUCAACACUCUCGCCGAUGCCAAACGACCUGAUCUCGUGCUACAAAUGGCCAGACAGGAAGAACAUCCCUCUUACAUGCGCUUCCUGCGCCGUGGGGAGACUACAUUGCUGGAAUUCUGGCAGGAUGAGUGUCGAAGCAAGUGCCAUGAUAUGUUGGGAACUAUCUAUGAAUGGUUCUAUGCUGCUGUUCUGGGAUUGAAGCCGAUUGAGAAUGCUUAUCGGAAGUUUGAGGUUGAUCCUCCUUAUGGGUCUGAAUUUGGCUUUGUUGAGGGAUCGGUUGAUUGUCCAUUUGGAGUGAUCAAUAUUGACUUUACCCAGGAUCUUGAUAAAAGACUUGUCACUUUGAAGCUCACAGUUCCAUUUGGAACUACGGCUGUGGUAAGGCUUCCUGGCCAGGCAAGCCAGGUAGAGAUUCUACUGGACGGUGAAGAAAAGCUGGAGAACCUGGCACGAAACGGUCAUGUCGAGGUUGGCCAUGGGUCUUACACUAUCACUAUCCAAUUAUAA